AUGGACAGUAUUGAAGAAGUGCACAAGGGAUUGUUUGCGCAUUUCAGGAAAAUCAAAAGCAGAGGAGAAAAUCAAAUUUCUUACUUGAAAAUAUCAAAACUAGCAUUGGCUUUUGCAAUUAUCCACUCAAAACCACCAGGGAAGAGUUCCAAAGAAUACACAGAGUACCUUGCCAAAACUGUAUCUGAACAAGAUUUUGGAUGGAAAUGGAAAGUUGAAGUGCUGGAAGCUGAAGUUCUUCGAUUACGACAGGAACUUCUUUUGAACAGGAUCUCUCCAAGAUUCUACUUGGAAAACAGAAAACAGGAUACCUCUGCUGAAACUCUCCUGGGUCAGGAGUCUAUAAACCCUACAAACUACUCAAGCCAGCUAGAAGACUCUGGAUGUGAUGUCUGUAAUGACUCUGCAUUUGAUUCUCUAGGCAUGGCUUCAGAUUUUCACCAAUCUGAACAUAAUGUCAACACUUCUAAACUUUGGUUGGAAGGAGUUCCCCCACUGAAUCUUUGCCAUACUAGCAAGGAGCAAUCUGUGACUGCUCCAGUGCAUUUUUUGCAACGUUUGCUUGAAAUAAGAAAACUGUCAGAAGGAGGAAUUCUUCAAGCAGACUUCUCAGAGCUUGAGAAUGAUUCUUUCACCAUAUGCAAUUCAGUGUCUCAGUUGCUUGAUGGACUGACUGUUUUUUUCAACAGUCCGAAGUUCCCAGCUCCAAGUUUCCUUACUGAAGGAGUUCAUGUUUUGAUGAGUUUGAUAACUGAUACUAAAUUAUCUAAUCAUGUUUUGAAGAAGUGUUUCAAGAAGAUGGAAGAAUUUAAGAAAAAUCUAAUUCAAAUUAUUUUAAGAAAUAGGAGUAUCAAUAGGUUUCAGGCACUGCAUUCUGUGUCACAAACUCUGGGUUUGCUUGGAAGGAACAAUAUACUAAGAAAUUCUUUAAUAUCACUUCUCCUAUCAGAAGUCCGUCAGUUUGCUGAGCAGUUGUUGCAGGCUCACCAGGUCCAGUCUGCGUAUGACAUUACCCAGUAUGAGAAUAUUUUUUUUUUGUGCAUGAUUCUGGAACAACUUCUUCAAAAUGAGACAGAAGAAAGUAACAUUUCAAGCUCAGACUAUCGAGGAGAAGAAAAAAACAAAUUUCUGAAGAACCUUGAUCAAAUUAUUCUUCAUCUCUCAGAUGAAUUCCCUUUGUUUUCUUUGUAUUUGUGGAGAGUGAGUGUUCUUUUGAGCUCAGGUCAAAUGCAAAUUGAUUAAAAUAAGCAGCCUACUUUUUAACCAUGCAUUUGUUGUAGAAUUGCAUUGGAAGAUUUUCGAGCCAGACAGGGA